AUGCUGGGAGAGGAGCGGGCGCUGCAGGCAAAGGGGCUCGGCCCGCCUCACACCGACGCCCGCUUGCGACUCUUCGGAGCCAAGUCGGAGAGCGAGGUGCGCGUGACGCUGUUCCGCGACACUGCCGCGUGGUGCCCGUACUGCCAGAAGGUGUGGCUGCUGCUGGAGGAGAAGCGGAUCCCUUACAGGCUCGACAAGAUCAACAUGCGGAGCUACGGCGACAAGCCGCGCUGGUUCCUCGACAAGGUGCCCAACGGCCUCCUGCCGGCGAUCGAGAUCGACGGCAACUUCAUGACGGACAGCCUGCCGAUCAUGCAGGCGCUGGACCAGACAUUCAGCGGUGAAGGGACGCCGAGGAUGGUCCCGCCGCCCGGCCCCGAGCGCGACCGCGCCUCGAAGCUUCUCGGCCUCGAACGCGAGCUGUUUGGCGCGUGGUGCAGCCUCACCUUCCAGCCGGGCAAGGGCCUGAUGGACCGCAACGAGCGCGCCUUCAUGGCGACGCUCCGGCGCGUCGACGAAGCGCUCGGCGAGUCGACCGGCCCAUGGUUCCUCGACUCUGCCGACCACCCCACGCUGGUUGACCUGCAGUACGUGUCGCAUGUCGAGCGGAUGCUCGCGUCGGCCCUCUACUGGAAGGGGAUCCAAAUACGCGGCAGCGGCCGCUUCUCGAACCUCGAGGCGUGGCUCGCCGCCUUUGAGGAGCGGCCCGCUUACCUAGCGACCAAGAGCGACUACUACACGCACGUGAUGGACAUCCCGCCGCAGUACGGCCCGGGCUUCUCCGUCGACGAGGCGCGAGAGGCCGCUGCCGCCAUUGACGGCCGCGGCGGCAGCUGGUCGCUGCCGCUCGACUUGCAAGGGUCGGCGUUCGAGCCGCUGGCGCCGCUGCAGGCGGCGUUGGGCGACGCCGCGGCGCGGCACGAGGCCGCCUUUGAGCUCGUUGCCAACCACGCCGCCGUCGUGCGCUUUGCGGCGCGCGGUACCGGCGCGCCCGGCCGGAAGCGCUUCCAGGCGCCGCUCGCCGAUCCGUACGCCACGCCCAACGAGCAGGCCGUCGCCGCGGUGGACGUGUGCCUUCGCCACGUGGCCGCCGCGCUCAUCAGCGGCGCCGAGGAGACGGCGGCCGCGGCCGAGGCCGACCUGGCGGCUGUCAAGGGCGCCGACGGCGGGCGGGCCCUCUCGGCGUGCCUCAUCUACCUGCGCGACCGCAUCGGCGUGCCGCGCGACAUGAGCCAGCCGGCGGCCAUGAACCUGCGGGCGCACCUCAACGCGCUCAUUGCGCUCUGCUGAGCCCGCGCGAGUGCAGUGAUAGCAACUGGAUCAGCCUCGCGGGCCAGUCUGCGAUGUGAGAUGCGCACGAGGCGAUACCCGGGUGACACGGCCACCUGCUUUGGCCUACGUUACCUCGCGCAGGCGGCAUGCUACAACCGGCUGACUCACGCGUCCUGGCAGUGGCCAGGGCGCUGGGUUAGUGUAGAAAUUCUGUUCACCGUGGUAAAAUUCUUCGCAUGUUGUGUGA